AUGGGAAACGGAUCAUCUAAAGACGGGGUUAUCAACAAAGACGUAGGGUCCACCAAGAACUCAGUGAUCUUUGUGCAGUCCGGCCUCAAGGGCGUAUGUCAAGACGCAGCACUCGCGACAGAGAACCUGAUAAUCACAAGCACAACUGGGGAAAGAGGCAGUGCGCUGGUGGGGGUGUUUGACGGGCACGGCUUGUCGGGGCACUACGUGUCCAAGACAGCUCGCGACCAGCUGCCAGAGCGACUCAACGCAGCCGUGCAGCACACCCAGAACGAGCUAGCACACGUGGAUGGGGCCGCGGCGCGAGACGUGUGGGCGCGCAUUUUUGGGGGCGUGUUUGGGGAUAUCGACGAGGAGCUGAGGAAGGAUUUGUUUCACAACAGAGACAGCGGGUCUACUGCUGUUGUGGCCCUCCGCCUCGGAUCGGAGCUUAUAGUGGCACACAUAGGGGACUCGCGCUGUGUGCUCGCUCGCGUUGCCAGGGGUCCCAAUGGCAAGAGCGAUGCAGCGACCAUGGAGGCUGUCCAACUGACCAUCGACCACAAGGCAAGCAACCCAGCUGAGAAGGCGCGGGUGCAGGAAGCAGGAGGCAAGGUGCUCAACUACAUGAACACCAUCGACAGAAUCUUCCUGCCGGGGAAGAGCGAGCCUGGGCUGGCAGUGGCGCGCGCCUUUGGCGACUUUGAGCUCAAAUCACAUGGGCUUAUCUGCCGGCCGGACGUUACUGUUCGCACUAUAGACCCCAACGACCAGUUUGUUGUGAUGGGUUCAGACGGGGUGUGGGACGUGCUGUCAAACGCAGAGGUGGUUGAGAUAGUGGCAAACACUUGGCCCAGGAGCAAAGCAGCGAAGCAGGUCGCUCAGAAGGCAGUCGCGAAGUGGGCAGCGGAGAAACACGCCAACUCCAGAGACGAUAUAUCCGUUGCAGUGCUGUUCUUUUGA